AUGCCAUUGAUCGCGCAGAAUCCCGUUCCCAGGGCGAUCCUGGGAUUGAUGACAUUUGGUCCGGAGGGAACCGAGUCCAAGGGUGCCCGCCUAUCGUCGCUCGACAAGUGCCUCGAUUAUUUCCAACAGCAAGGUUUCAAUGAAGUCGAUACUGCUCGGUUAUACGUAGCAGGCGAGCAAGAAGCCUUCACGGCCCAGGCCAAAUGGAAAGAACGCGGCCUAACGCUGGCCACCAAGUGGUACCCGAAGACACCCGGGGAUCACAAGGCGAACAUCCUUCGGGAGAACGUGGAGGUUUCCCUGAAGGAGCUGCAGACCGAUCAGGUCGACAUUUUUUACCUGCAUGCCCCCGAUCGGUCCGUGCCCUUCACGGAGACCUUGGAGGAGGUCAAUAAGUUGCACAAGGAGGGGAAAUUUGUGCAACUGGGAUUGAGCAACUACACGGCAUUCGAGGUCGCUGAGAUUGUGACAAUCUGCAACGAGAGGGGUUGGGUGCGUCCGACCAUCUACCAAGCGAUGUACAAUGCCAUAACUCGCUCCAUCGAAACCGAACUCGUGCAUGCUUGUAGACGUUACGGGAUUGACAUUGUCAUUUACAACCCUCUUGCUGGUGGUAUCCUGUCUGGUAAAUACAAGACUAAGGAUGUACCUGCGGAGGGACGGUACAGUGACCAGUCCGCCACGGGCGCACUGUACCGGUCACGCUACUUCAAAGAUGCGACCUUUGAUGCGCUCCGAAUUAUCGAGCCGGCCGUGGAGAAGCAUGGAUUGACCAUGGCCGAGACUGCUCUGCGCUGGGUCCAUCACCACUCGCUGCUAAAGAUGGAUGGCAACGGUCGCGACGGUGUUAUCCUUGGCGUGAGUAGCUUUGAACAGUUGGAAAGCAACCUUCGAGACAUUCAAAAAGGCCCGUUGCCCGAGGAGGUAGUCGAAGCAUUGGAUAAGGCGUGGUUGGUUGCGAAACCCACCGCCCCGAAUUAUUGGCAUCUUGAAUUGAAGUACACCUACGAUACGUUUGAUGCAAGAUCCUGA